AUGGAUGCAUUGAUGAUUGUGCACCAGCUGCAGCGGCUGGCAGCAGAGCCACGGCCGUCUCCAGCAGUAAAAGCAAAGAUCCCCAGGAUGGCUGUAGGAAUAUGCUACUUUCUGGAACACCCAGAUCCGGGUGUGCAGCAUCAAGCGGCGGGAGCGCUCAGACUCCUGCUCGAGCAGCACAGGCAGCUGUUGUUACAAUCACCAGAACUCCACGAGAUGCGAUCUGCCCUACAGCAACAUGCAAACAACAGCGAUGUAGUCGUCAGUGAAUGCUGCACUGCGUCGCUGACCUUGUUACAGCAGGACGCUGUGCAGCAGCGGCAGCCGGAGCCCUCCGACGAGCAGCAACGACAAGCGGCAACUGAAACAGGUGAAGAAACGCUCGAGUCUCUUGACCUAUUUUCUGUGGUUUUGGGCCUGAGGGGUCUGCUGCGCUGCCCUUCUAACCGUAGCUUGAUUACCUUCAAACGUGAACCACAGGGACGGCAGCAGCAAGCACAGGACCAGCACGGGAAGCGGAUGCUCGAGCUGCUGCAGCGUGACUUACAGCUGCGUCUUGUUCGCGUCUGGGGUGUCUCGAGCGCUACUGUGACUCUUAAUACUACCAACUUGCUGCAACAGGCAGAGGCGCUGUGCUCACACUCUGCGGUAGCCACUGAGGAGCAAAAGCAGUCAAGUGAAGAGGGCGACGGAGUAGCGGUGGUGAGCAUCCGUCUGUCGCGCAGAGCACAGCGCUUGCAGCAGCAACUGAGAGAACUUCGUGCUGCUGUCGGUCCCCUCACUCUCCUGCUCAACUCGGCAUUACUACAGAAAGCUCAACCAAAAGAUAUAGAGGUGCCAAAGGCAGCUCUUUGGAAUGCUUGUACGGCUACUGGCACUGGCAGCGCCGCAGCCAGGGCGACGUCGCCUCCAGUACAACAGCAACAGGAUGACAGCGGGUAUCUGGACGAGGAGCUAAGAGGCAAUUGGGAAGGGACGGGGGAGUCUCAGAAGAAUGCGGAGGUAGCCGCAGGGAGUAGCAGAAAUAAUGGCUUUUCCUUCUUCAGCGCCAAUUCGGCCUUGUUCGCGCAGUCCCGUUUCAUGGGCGGAAUGAUCACCCCCACGGAAAAUAGCGCAGAAAUGAGUGCAAAGCUAAAGGCUGAAAAAGAGAGGAAGGCUGCUCUGCGGGCCCAGCCUCAAGGGGGAAUUAUCGACAGAUUGCUCGGGCGCCUUGGUUCAGGCGCGGGACUCCUUUGA